AUGAUGGACCUCACUUCAAUGCUAAAUGGAAAUCCAACGACGGAUGAGAGUUAUAAAGGAACAGAUCGGCAAGAACUAAAUGGCCAAAUACAAUCAAAAAAUAAAACACCUUGGGAUAAUGGUGGAUAUGCGCUACCAAUCAACACAAUUUCAACAUUACCUACUACACCCCAACACACAAGUAAACUUAACGAAACUUAUUUUUCCACGCCAACCUCACCGCCACAAAAUUCAUCAGGCAGUCGAAGUAGUAUUUCUUCCAUCUCGUCAGUAGAUUCGUCAGCUCAUUCACGCUACCCCUCUAUGUCAGUGGUCGAGGCUUGCUCUCAAUCUCCUAGCGGCCAGGUCGAGAAUGUAUAUGAUAGCCCAUCUCCGAAAUCAGCUGCAUCAAGCUCUGAUAAAAAGAUGGGUUGGACUUCGAAUCAGGUGCAAUAUCAAGAUCGAAGUCUCUCACCAUCUAGCUCUACAAUGCCUGAACAGAAUAGUAUGAACAACUUACAGAGGCUACCUGAGCCGUCACGAAUCUCAACGCGACCAUUCAUGAUUCCGAUCAUGGAGAAAGAAGCCUCAUUAACAUCGGACAUACAUGAAAGCAGAAGACCCAUCUCACCUUCAGAUGCAGUACUUAUUAAGCGACCAACUAUCCCGAGUCUUAGACUAGUUACUCGUGACUCAAAAUGGACCUUGACGAAUCCCAAUAUAACAAAUAAAGCCUAUCAGAAUACACCUGAACAAGCACAACUUUAUCCACUUACUCAGAGUAAGAGUCAUAAACGUGCACUUUCAGCACCUAGUUUUAAACAACCAUAUCAUCAGUUGGUUAUGCCAACUCAUCCUUCUACAAUUUCAAGGGAUGAGCCAACCCCUCCAAGCUCUCAUCAUCCAGAUGACUCAUCGCCGACUAUGGUAACAAAUGUCUAUCAGGCUCCGGCAACUCCACCAUCAUUCCCGCUAGACACGGAAGCUCAAUCUGUCAAGUGCAUGUAUAUUCCUCAUUGCGAUACUGGCUCACAGUUACGGAAAGCUAUAUCUCACAUAUUUGGUCGCAAUAAGAUCUGCACACGACAGAUUCCUAGUCAUGUCUGGGUUCACUACUGCCGUAAGCAUUAUCAGAGAUCACGCUACCGAAACCCAAAGGAAUAUGCAAAGCUUCAGUGCGAUUUGGUUCAGCAGCAGAUUCGAAGGGUGCAUGAGUGGAGUCAAAUAAACGAAUCAUUGAAUAAAGCUGGCGUAGUCCGAGACUGGAGUAUGUCGGUACGAAAGCGAGAACAAAAGCGACUCGACGAUCUCCAAAGCGGCAAAAAGCGUAAGAGUAUUCCGUCAGAGGAAGAGGAGGAUGGGGACGAAGAUAGUAAUGUGGCAGGUGGAAAACCCUCUAACUCUGCAAUUCCAGCAACUGCUGUUCCUAAAUGGCUCCUUGAGCACUGUAGAAAAGGUUACAGUACGCAAGAAAUUCUAGGGAUAUUCAACAGGCUCCACCAAGAGAUUUUGGACGACACUAUAUCCACUUUUCCAGACAUUGAGAUCCUACCAAACAUCUCUAUUGACCAUGACGAGCAGUGGUCUCCAAAGACCAGUGUAAAGCGUCUUCAAAACUCUCACCACAAGAGGCCUAAGUCAUUAAGUACCGAUGCGGCCCCUAUUUAUGUGCAUGAAGAUCGCCGGAUAAGUCAUUGCCACUCAUACGUUCUAGACCCUUAUAGUCCCGAUGGCACAAUUCUCAAGCGGCAAUUGACGGGCGUGUCAGACGGCAAUGCCACAGAACCAGCCUUCCAGCAUUCAGCUCGGUCUCGAAUUCCCGAACUAGGUCGACGUGUUUCUGCCUUGGGCUUACAUCCUAGGAUCGAUGAAAAUUCAACAGUCGAGAGUUACUACAACUUUUCUCCAUCCAAGCCAUUAUCAAUCAUGUCUUCAUCACCACGAUGCACAGGUCAGCCACUUAGUACACAGAUAGAUUCAAGUCCUUUGUAUCACACUUCAGCCCAUCGGCCUCUUCACCAACGCUCUCAUUCUGAUAUGAGUGGGGGAUUCCAUCACGGGCAGCAUAUUUUCCACUCCCAAGAUGUGUCAAUGUACCCCCCAAUAUAUAUUGACACAAAGUAUCCAUCUAGAGACCAAAAUUAUGAGCCUAGCCUACUAUCUACGGCUCCAGUGGGAGAAGUUACGAGAGACAACCUUGCGCUUAGAGAUGCGCUAAUGCCACGAUCGGUAUCACUUUAUCCCCACGAUCCAUUUUUACGUCCUCAUAAUUCCACAAGUUUUGCACCGCUUCCUUGA